AUGGCCAGUGGGGAGGAUGAGCCGAGGAGCUGUAUGGUAUGUGGGGACCGAGCCACCGGUUAUCACUUCCACGCCCUGACUUGUGAGGGCUGCAAGGGCUUCUUCAGACGAACAGUCAGCAAAAACACUGGUCUCACCUGCCCCUUUGCUGGAAGCUGUAAGGUCAACAAGGCCCAGAGGCGCCACUGCCCAGCCUGCAGGUUGCAGAAGUGCCUAGAUGCUGGCAUGAAGAAGGAAAUGAUCCUGUCGGCAGAAGCCCUGGCCCAGCGGCGGGCGAAGCAGGCCCAGCGGCGGGCACAGUGGGCACCUGUGCAGCUGAGCAAGGGGCAGCAAGAGUUAGUCCAGACACUCCUGGGGGCCCACGCCCGCCACGUGGGCACCAUGUUUGACCAGUUCGUGCAGUUCAGGCCACCGGCUCAUCUGUUCAUGCACCACCAGCGCCUGCCCAUCCCAGUCCCCCCACUGCCUCUGCUCGAGCACUUCGCAGAGGUCAACACUUUCAUGGUACAGCAAGUCAUCAAGUUCACCAAGGAUCUGCCCCUCUUCCGGUCCCUGCCCAUGGAGGACCAGAUCUCCCUUCUCAAGGGAGCAGCGGUUGAAAUCUGCCAUAUCGCACUCAAUACCACUUUCUGCCUCCAAACACGAAACUUCCUCUGUGGGCCACUCCGCUACACGCUGGAGGACGGCGUCCACGGUGAGGCCCGCGGGCUGGCAUCUCCCACAGUGGGGUUCCAGGAAGAGUUUUUAGAGUUGCUCUUUCGCUUCCAUGCCACAUUGAGGCGAUUCCAGCUCCAGGAGCCCGAGUAUGUGCUCAUGGCUGCCAUGGCCCUCUUCUCUCCCGUCCCCUGUCUUACAGACAGGCCUGGGGUUACCCAGAAGGAGGAGAUCGAUCGUCUGCAAGAGAUGAUGGCACUGACCCUGCAGAGCUACAUCAAAGGCCAGCCGCCAAGGCAUCGGGAUCGGUUUCUGUAUGCGAAGCUGCUGGGCCUGUUGGCUGAGCUCCGGAGCAUUAACAACGCAUAUGGGUACCAAAUCCAGCACAUCCAGGGACUGUCCGCCAUGAUGCCACUGCUCCAGGAGAUCUGCAGCUGA